AUGGCUAAUCAUGGCGGAGCAACGAUUCGCGAUCCUCAGAAGCUACAACCUUUGCGUAAGGUCGUCACGUAUUUGUUGGUGCGGUAUCAGGAUGGAGGACCUUCGGUUACAGGACACGAGGAACGCUACGGAAGUUCUUACCAGGCGGAUCAGUGUCGGUACUGGUCGGUGACGGAUAUCAGCUAUGUACAGAAUCGUACCCCAAAACGUAUUAUGAUCAUGUUGACGGUGAUAUGGAUGACGUCAUUGUUAAUCAGUUUGGCACCGUUUGCUGGCUGGAAAGACGACGGUUUUAAAGAUCGUGUCCUACGUCAACAUGUCUGCCUUAUCAGUCAACAGAUUAGCUAUCAGGUACGGUAA